GAUCUCGUCUGGGCUUCAUCAUCAUAUUUAACACACCCACCCAGAUUCACACAUGCUCCAGAGGUACAUUCUCCUAUCCCGCUAUAUCCCUUACGUGGGGAUCUCUAUCUCCUGUUACCUGUGUCCAGUAUUCUUUUUUUUUUUUUUUUUUUGGCUCGCUUUUUGUGUGGUUUUGUCUCGAUGUAACAGAAUUACGCGCGCAGGAUCGGUGAAGUGGAAUGACUGUAUGACGACUACUUUCCGUGGACUUUCCCUUAAAAAAUGUUUAAAUGUGAAGAGCUGAGCUUCUCGCACAUUUUUCCGGGCCCCAGUCCCAGCUGAUCCCACCAGCUUUCGCGCAGGAUCAAGGUUGGACAGAGUGAGACGGAUGCGCACCCACGGACCACUUGGACACGCGCGUUUAUCGGAUCGUUUCCCACCACCACUGCUUUCGGAUCCUACUCACUUGUCCGCUACUUUAAAUCGCUUCUAAAAUAUUGGGUGGUCGAUAGGAGAGGGGAGAUCGGCUCUGUGAGGAGGAGGAUGUGGGUUGCGCAAAUCGCCCGCUGGUCUGAACUGACUAGACCUGUUCUACCUGGGCGCUUGGUUCUGGUUUUUCUUCUCUGAAAUCUCCGCCUUAACACUCACGCAGAUAAAGCAGGACUCUGAUGUUGAAUAUACAAAGGUUGAACACUGAAUCCUUUACUCAAGACGGCCAGUGAAGAUGGGUCCUACGUGUUUAAUGUAUAUUUCAUUAGAUUGGCGUCCAGUCUAAUAAACAUCAUCAGCGAUGUAGUCAGCUUGUUCAUCUGCGUGCUGAUCAUUUGCAGUAAAUACUCACAUCUGCUCAAAAGGGAGACCAUGAAGAUGAUCCUCCUGCGUAAAUUCCGGGUUUUGAUUCUCAUGGUGUUCCUUAUUGCAUGCUCGAUGCAUAUAAUGAUAGACUUGCUUCCAAAGCUGGAGAGACACAGCAACAGCGGCUGCUCCUGCUCCCACAGUCCGAGUGAGGAGCCUCAGAGCUGGGGGAAGCAGGGCUGGCCUAACAAGCACACUCUGCGGAUCCUCCAGGACUUCAGCAACGAGCCCAGCUCCAAUGUUUCCUCCCACUCCCUGGAGAGGAUCCCGGUUACAGGCGAUAAAACACAGUCUGUCAAGCGGCUUGAGCAUUACGGCCAACGUGGUGACAGAAAGAGACCGUUCAUCCAGGACGCCACAGUCACCAAGAAUAUGCCGGUAAAAGGUUCAAGGUUAUCAGCUCUGUAUGAUCACCCCUUAUAUAAAAGAUCCCCGCCGCCUCUGACAGAUGAGGACACGCUGUUCAACGUCAACACGGACAUCAGAUUUGACCCCAAAGCAGCAGAGGAUCAAGAAUGGAAUGGUGAAGGGACCAUGGAUGAGUUCAGUCCAACAGGGGAACUGACAGCUGAUUCAUACCCGAACUGGCUUCGCUUCCACAUUGGGAUUAAUCGAUAUGAGCUCUAUUCCAGACACAACCCGGUCAUCGAUGCUCUCCUGAAGGACCUGGUCACCCAAAGGAUCACUAGUGUCGCUAUGAAGUCUGGAGGCACGCAGCUAAAGCUCAUCAUGACCUUCCAGAACUAUGGACAGGCUCUUUUCAAACCCAUGAAACAAACCCGGGAGCAGGAAACCCCUCCAGACUUCUUCUACUUUUCUGACUUUGAACGACACAAUGCUGAGAUCGCUGCUUUUCAUCUGGACAAGAUCCUGGACUUCCGUCGUGUCCCACCAGUGGCCGGUAGGCUCGUCAACAUGACAAAGGAGAUCCGGGACGUCACACGGGACAAAAAGCUCUGGAGGACCUUCUUUAUCUCACCAGCCAACAAUGUGUGUUUCUAUGGGGAGUGUUCGUACUACUGCUCCACCGAGCAUGCACUCUGUGGUAAACCAGACCAGAUAGAAGGAUCUCUUGCCGCCUUUCUCCCAGACCUGGCUCUAGCCAAACGCAAGACCUGGAGGAACCCUUGGAGACGCUCAUACCACAAACGCAAGAAGGCAGAGUGGGAAGUGGACCCAGACUACUGCGAGGAAGUCAAACAGACUCCACCUUACGACAGUGGGACUAGACUUCUGGACAUCAUGGACAUGACCAUCUUUGACUUCCUAAUGGGAAACAUGGAUCGCCACCACUAUGAGACUUUUGAAAAGUUUGGGAAUGAGACCUUCAUAAUUCACCUGGACAAUGGCAGAGGGUUUGGAAAACACUCCCAUGAUGAGAUGUCCAUUCUGGUGCCACUGACCCAGUGCUGCAGGGUAAGGAAGUCAACACACUUGCGUCUGCAGCUUCUGGCAAAGGAAGAAUACAAGCUGUCCAUGCUCAUGGCAGAAUCCCUGGUGAGGGACCGCCUCAGUCCCAUCCUCAUCCAGCCACACCUGGAUGCCAUGGACCGACGCCUCCGCCAGGUGCUCAAAGUGUUGGGGGAAUGCAUUGAAAAGGAGGGCUACAGCUACGUCGUGGAGGAUGACCUCCAGGGAGACCAAGGGUCAGACCGCGGCCACACUGCCCCACGGCGGAGGUAGCUGACUGUGGGGGAGUCUGGCAGCUGGAACUGAGCUUGAAUCCCCGGGAUAGACGACUGGACCAAACACAUCCAGUCACCCUUAUAAACAAAACUAGCAUCCUGUUACGCAGAUGAGCUCCGUCUGUACCACGUUUCUCAGAGGGAAUGGUUUGCUGAACUUUCAGGGACGCCCGCCCAUGCCUGAGGUAGAUAAAAGCUGUCUGGACCUGGACGCCUGCUGGAUAGGAUUGGACUCAAACAGUGCAGACUUUACCUGCGCUGAAAGUUUUGGUGCAGUUUUUUUUUUUUUUUCCUUGUUUGUUUUUUUGUUUAUGGGCAUUCGAUUGAUCUGGGGGCUGGGUCAUGGAUAGAACUGAAAUAUCCUAGGCUCCUUAAAAUAUCCAACCAUGACUCUAUUGUAGGAUAGCAUCACUACAGCAGACCCAAACACCCACCGGCCCACCGCAGCACUACCAAACCAUGAAAGUCUUGCAAGAGACGCCUUCUCUCCGUCUUUUGUUCAGGACCCUUUUUUGAAUUCAGUGAAUUCUAAGGGACUUGUACAGAAUCUCCCUCCCCUCCCUCCACACAGCCGAACUAUGUGUUUCUACGUAUUGUUGGUAUUCCAAGUGUUUCAGUUGAACAUUCAUAGUGGAGGAGGUUGACUUCCUAUUGUCUUAAUUAUCAAAAUAAUGUUUGAUUGAUUCACUGCAAAAUGUUUUUAUUGCAAAGUGUCUUUUAUUUCUGCUGAGCCAUUUCAGCUUCUAUCAUCGGUAUUCAAGAUGGAAAUAUUUGAUUGGAGUGCAGGUUUACUCCUGGAUUUGUCCAUUAAUUUUGCCCAUAAAUGUUACUUGUCCUUGAGAGAGUAUUUAUUAAAAUUCAUAUUUAUUGUUUAAAAUGAAUACAUAUUCAGUACCACAUCUCUUUUUUUCAGUUAAAAAGGAUUCAUUGAGUUCUACAUUACAGAGGUGUACUUUCUCAUUUGUCCAGAAGAGGGCAAAACGAGCAUGUGCAAAAAUUAGCUGCCAGAUCCGUGCCUCUCAGUAACCCUGUCCACAUCUCAACACUUUACAAGUAUCAAGCCUGCUUUUAAGAACAGUUUAGCAUCGUCACAAGUAUCAGUUAGGUCAAAUGAGCAAGUCUACGCCUGUGUUUACAACAUUUAAUCCGUUUCUAACUACUGUUUCUGUUAAAUUUCUUACAGUGCAAACACAUAUGAGGUUAGAUUUAUGGUAUCAAAAGCCAAAUGUGACUCAAAUAGUUUUAUAUUAUUGUUUCUUUGUAAUAUAUUUGAUGUUGCUGUUGUGGAGAGAUUAUUUUUCAGGAUGUAUAUUUCAUUCAUACCAACAGCUACUAGCCUAGUUGUUGGUGUCAACAGUUCAGUCAUUGGCUGAAAGUUAAUAUAUACAGUAGGAAAAUCUAGUGCCUGUGCAAUGAUAGAAAUACUUGAAUGUCUGGAUUCAUAGGGGAAAGGUUUAGACUCCUCCCAGGUACGAGCUAUAGAUAAGAUAAGGAGGUCUACAUAUACUGUAUGUGUGUGCUGACUCCAUCUGUCCCACAUAGGUUUUAUAAAAGUCUAUGUUUCCAUAGUCCUGUGUCUGUACAGUGUGUAUGGGAGUAUGGGUGAAUCCAUGGAGAACCUUAGAUGAUGUGUUGUUGAAGUAAAAAUGCUUCGUUUUCUUUUUUAGUUUGUUUUUUUUAAUUCAAGUCAUUGUUUCUGUGGAUUUAUUUUUCAUUUCUUUGCAUCAUGGUAAAAGUGCAAUAAAACAAAAUGA